AUCCAGCACUUUUGUGUUGCAUUGUUUAAAAGAUAAAUACAAUCCGAGGUCGAAAAUGAAAGUGUGAUAUUUGACAUUGCAUGCUGCAAAUUCUCUACACCAAACAUAAGCUCGAAUAAAAUGCAUAUUAAUUUACAGGCUCUAAGUUUAGUCCGGAACUUUAGUGGGAAAUAAGCAUAAACGCGACGGUUACUCAUUUGCAUCAGAUCAGCCUCGGCGCGCUUCCUUCUCCUCCUCCUCCUGAGAACAAAGAAACUUGGAGUCAGGAGGCCUUUAUUCCUAAAUGAAAAGCAGAAACAAAUGUGAUGCAGAGAGAACAGAACUAAUGCGCAUCUGCCGCUGUCUCGCAACAGGCUGCGGAGCAGAGCGCAGCGGAACAUGAAUCUCGCCUCGCUGUAGCACGGACACCCUGCGGUCUGUCACUAACAGACAGCCACAUGUGGACACCUUUUAGGCGCGCCGGGUAUUUGUGUACACUAGGAUGUUGAUGUAAGGGGGGAAGAGGGCGGUGAAAGUGUGCCGGGCCGGGCCAGUGUCGGGCGCAGCUGCUCUCGCUCUCAGCUAAGCGCCUCACACGUGCAGAGAGGACUGUAGUGCGUAUCGGACACGAUUGGAGACCCUCCGCGCACUUGCUGCCAGCUUUGGUGAUGCCAUGCCCAGGAACCACAGCGGAGACGAAGGCGGAGGCGGAGGUGGAGGCAGCGGGCUCUGGAUGAGAGCAUCACCCAGGCAUCAUAACGAGGGCUACGGCGUAAAAGAUGUGGAGUCCGGACGAAAGAUGAUGAUGAACAACGCGGGAGAUGGGUUGCUGUCCCCUUCUGCCACCACCACCACAGCCAGCGGCGGCACCAACGCCGCUGGCGGUCGCGGCUCGGACAGCCUGGCAGGGAAGCAGGGAGCUCGACUCAGCCUCCUGGGAAAGCCGCUGGUGUACAGCGCCCAGAGCGGCCGAAGAAACGUGCGCUACCGGCGGCUUCAAAACUACCUAUACAACGUCCUGGAGAGACCCAGAACCUGGGCGUUCAUCUACCACGCUUUCGUGUUCGUCUUGGUAUUCACCUGCCUGGUCCUUUCUGUGUUCUCAACCAUCCCUGCUCAUCAGGACACCUCCUCCAAAUGCCUACUAAUUCUGGAGUUUGUGAUGAUCGUUGUGUUUGGUUUGGAGUAUAUCAUACGCAUCUGGUCGGCAGGAUGCUGCUGCCGCUACAGAGGAUGGCAGGGCCGUCUGCGCUUCGCCAGGAAGCCCUUCUGUGUCAUAGACAUCAUAGUGCUGAUCGCGUCAGUGGCAGUGGUGUCGUCGGCAGGCAGCCAGACCAACAUGUUUGCCACCUCAGUCCUGCGCAGCUUGCGUUUCCUGCAGAUUCUUCGGAUGGUUCGGAUGGACCGAAGAGGUGGGACCUGGAAGCUGUUGGGAUCCGUUGUGUACGCGCACAGUAAGGAGCUGGUGACUGCCUGGUACAUCGGCUUCCUGGUUUUGAUCUUCUCUUCGUUCCUCGUCUACCUUGUGGAGAACAAGUUCAACAAAGAGUUUGCCACCUAUGCCGAUGCGUUGUGGUGGGGCACGAUUACUCUAACAACCAUCGGCUAUGGAGACAAGACACCAAAGACAUGGACAGGACGGAUGCUGUCCGCAGGGUUCGCACUCCUGGGUAUUUCCUUCUUUGCCUUGCCUGCUGGUAUUCUGGGCUCAGGCUUUGCCCUGAAGGUCCAGGAGCAGCACAGACAAAAGCACUUUGAGAAGAGGAGGAACCCUGCAGCCUACCUCAUCCAGUGUGUUUGGCGUAGUUAUGCAGCUGAUGAGAACUCGGUUUCCGUUGCUACCUGGAAGCCUCACUUGAAGGCGCUGCAUACCUGCAGCCCUACAAAGAAGGAUCAGGGAGAGUCAACCACCAGUAAAAUUCAUAGUAAUAAGCAGAAGCUACUGAGGAGUUAUACCGCUCGGAAACAUAGCCAAAAGUUAAGCUUCAAAGAGCGUGUGAGGAUGGCGAGCCCCCGCGGUCAGAGCAUCAAGAACCGCCAGUCGUCCUCUGUGAACGACCGGCGUUCUCCAGUGGCCCACGGUGGCACAGAGAGCACCAGUCCUGCCAAGGUUCAAAAGAGCUGGAGCUUCAACGACCGCACGCGCUUCAGACCUUCGCUCCGGCUCAAGAGUCAGUCCCGCUCCACCACUGACGCAGCAGACUCCGCUGUGACGGGGGACGAUGCCUUUGAUGACAAGGGCUGCCACUGUGAGAUCUCCGUGGAAGACUUGCUGCCCUCCGUCAAGACCGUCAUCCGAGCUGUCAGGAUCAUGAAAUUUCACGUCGCAAAGAAGAAGUUUAAGGAGACUCUGCGUCCGUAUGAUGUCAAAGAUGUGAUUGAACAGUACUCUGCCGGUCACUUGGACAUGCUGUGCCGCAUCAAGAGUCUGCAGACCAGGGUGGACCAAAUCCUCGGGAAGGGACAGGUCACUCUGGACAAGAAGAUACGAGAGAAGUUGCUGUCUGAUGGAGACAUGUUGGAGGACAUGAGCAUGCUGGGUCGUGUCUGUAAGGUGGAGAGACAGGUUCAGUCAAUCGAGUCAAAGUUGGACUCUCUGUUGGACAUUUAUCGUCAGGUUUUGCGUAAAGGCUCCUCUUCGGCUCUCACUCUCUCUUCGCUGCCCCUGUUUGAGCUGGAGCAGACCUCUGACUACAACUCUCCGGUCUUUAGUAAGGACCUCUCCGGCUCCACUCAGGUCAGCUGUGGCGGAGCGCUUCCCCCGAGCGGCUACGCCACACGCUCAUCAACCAACUCCCAGCUCUCGCAGGGAGGGCUUCACCUCAUUCUAGCGCCUCAGAACGAACUCAACCUUAAUCUCCACGCCUCGUCGUCCACGCCUCCCUCGGGCCUCGCAUCUUCCCCUUUUAGCCCCUCGCCGCUGCCUCAUUAUCAUCAUCAUCUGCAACAUCAUAAACAGGUUCAGGCCACGUCACCUGAAAGUGGCACCGACGAGGCUGUGGGGAGCUCCCCCACUGUCCUCACCCCGAACAGUACCAGCAGUUCUGGGGGCCGGGGAGUAGGAGAUGAAGGCUUUCCUCUUUUGGCAAGGCUUCCGCCGCCCCCUUCCAGACAAACCGCCGGCCCCGGCAAACUGAUCCAAGGGACCUCUAGAGAGACUUCUCCUGAAAUCAAGAGCUUCUGCAGAGGUCUGCAUAGCCACACGGAAGACAGUAACGUUGGGAAGGACCUUGGACUUGAGUUUGGAUUGAGCACAUUAGGGCAGCAGCUACAAGGGAACACGAAUGGUACUGGCAGGCUUAACGCAAAGGAAGAAGGCUGCUGGAGGAGGCAUAUGAGUCUCGAGCUGGAGCCACUCGUGCCAUCAGCGCCAGGUUGUUGCUCGAGGCCCAUCCAUAUGGACCAGGGAAUGGGCAAAUCCAUGUCAGUGCAGGACCUGGUACAGGUAGGUCCUGUUCAUGAUGCACACCAAAGCCACAGUCUUUCAUCUCCAAGUCCAAGUACAAGCAGUGACUCUCCAACAGGCUUCAACAGUUGUUGCCAAGACCUUGGGGGAGAGAGUGGCGGUACAAGAAGAGGAUGUUGGGGCGAGGAGGACCUCUUUAUCAGUGACAGGGACAUGGAGGGGCAAGGGUUCGACUUUUUGUCACAGGGGACAUCUGAGGCUCGCUCGUUUUCUUCUGAGCGCCUGAGGACAGCAGAUAGAGCGGGGGCAGGGACCCAGGACUCUAACCGGAGCCUGGCGGGUGGUCCGUCAUCGUCAGCCUCCACUGGCAACGUCGAACUGCUGAACAUGCCGCACGUACCGCACGUACCGCACGUACGGCUAAAAUAGACCCACUAAACAUUUGGAAGAAACACAAAUCUCACCUCAGAGACUGUUUUUUUUUUUUUUUUUUAAUCUUUUUUGGAGGGGAGAUUGACGGGUGGGUGGGAAUUUCACAUGGGGUCUUGUCUUCUUUUGUUUAUUUUUUAUCUCGAUUCUCUUGAUAGGAUUCUGUUUUUUUCAUACAGGCUAAUCAUGUUGGCAUGAGUUACUCUGUGUUUUAAUGUGUGUUUGAUGGAUCUGAGAUAAAAGACGAAUGCCAAAAAAAAAGGAGAAAACGAUUUUUGAAUUAAAUGAAGUAGUGGAUGGGUCGAUGUGCUAAGUAGCAUGAACUGCAUGUUUUCAGUAAAGCACAGAUAAGAAACUACACCUACAAGCAUGGCCACCCACCACCUUAAUAGUUUAUUGUGAGUUAAAAAGCUUGUUGUGGUCCAUGACAGGUGAGAAACGUGGGCAUUUUUUUUUUUUUUUUUUUAAUAAAAUCAUAACUAGGAAGCCAGAUCUCUGCAAGUAAUUGAUCUGACCUGUGUUCGUUCUGUGGGUCACAGGAAAUACAUAUUUCAUGAAAUCCACACAUUUUAGGCCUCUUUUUGAAUCAUGUUCAUUGAACAAUCCAGUUACAAAGUGUGCACAUCUCUGAUAAAAUGCUAGCUUUUUGUGUUGAUAAAAACUGAGACCAUAAAAAAUUCCUUUCUGAAAAUUUCAACAGUGCAACUGAAAAAAAACCCAACAUUUCUACUUCUGAGUGAAAAUCUAAAACAUUUCCUGGUGCAAAAUUGUGCACACCCUCUAAACUUUUAAAAUUUAGAGGUUAAAAGUCCCUUGAUUCAGUUUCAAUUUGGAAGAACAGGCUAAGGCCAAAAAAAAAAUAAAAAUGAUGGUCCAAAUCCUUCACGUGUCUGAAAGAAAACCUAAGAUAUAGAGAGAUGUCAUUUUUCAGCAUCACAGUCAAACCACUGCACAUGCAAAUCAACAAAUGAAUGACUGCUCUUGAAUGAAACCUUUUGGAAUAGCCUAGCAGAAGUCCUGAACUCAAAAAGAGUAUUUGUAGGAUCAUCUGUAGACGGUUGUAGACAAGAAAUGUUCUCACGGUCUGACAUUUCACAUUUGAAGACUUUUUCAACUUAGAGCAGGCCUGCGUUGUUGUUUUCUCAAGCAUGGCAUGAAUCAAAUUCAUCUAAGUAUGUUUUAUAUUUCUCCUCUGACGUAUUUGUUUUUCAGUGGCAUUGGUCGGGAUAUAAGUGAAAAUACAUUGGGACACAUUUUUGAAAAGAUUCUUCAUGGUCUCAUUUUUUUACAUCACAAAGUACCCUGCAAAAAUAAUGAGUGGGACUUUACCUUUAUGUCUUCACUGUGCAAUUUGUAGUGAGCAACUUACUUCAGAAUCUCCUGAGCAAAACUGAACAGUAGUAAGCAGGCCUUCUUACAUCAAAAUGUAAGAUCUUUUUUUUAAUGGCAUUUAUUAGCAGUUUUUUUCUAAAAACCCUUCAUGAAUUCAUUCAUGCAAAACACAGGAGCAGAACUGCACAGCCAAUCUCCAUAA